AUGAAGUCUAUUGUUCGUCAUGGGAGAAUCCGUGGGACUAAGAUUGUCAAAGGGGUUUCAUCCGUUACCCAUCUCUUGUUUGCAGAUGAUUCACUUUUCUUCUGCCAAGCAAACAACAGAAACUGCCGUGCUCUUAAUGAUAUUUUCCAAGUGUAUGAAAGAAGCUCAGGCCAGAUGAUUAAUGCCUCCAAGUCAAUGAUGACUUCUGGCUCUCGCAUCCCUGGAGAUCAGCAAAACCGUUUAAAAUCCAUUUUGGGAAUUCAAAACAAGGGAGGUGGCGGUAAAUAUCCAUGUCUCCCUGAACAAUUUGGCAGGAAAAAAUCAGAAAUGUUUAAAAACAUUACUGAAGCAGUUAGGAAACGUACUUCUUCUUGGAGUUCAAGAUUACUGUCUCCGGUGGGGAAAGAGGUCUUGCUAAAGUCUGUGGCUAUUUCAAUGCCAGUGUAUUACAUGUCCUGCUUUAAGAUUCCUUCUGGUGUGGUGAAGGAAAUUACAAGUAUCAUUUCGAGUUUUUGGUGGGAGAAGGAUCAAGAUAAACGUGGAAUACCUUGGGUUGCUUGGAAAAAACUUCAGUUAUCUAAGAAGGAAGGAGGUUUGGGCUCCAGAGAUCUUGAAAACUUUAAUGAUGCCCUUCUUGCUAAACAGGAUUGGCAGCUUUUGAAAUAUCCUAGCUCACUUUUUACCAGACUGUUUAAGGCUAAAUAUUACCGUGAUGGUUCUGUGCUUGAGGCUAAGUCUCAACGAUAUCAGUCUUUUGGAUGGUCCUAUAUACUGGUGGGGCUUGACCUUAUCAAGAAAGGGGUUUGUUUCAAUGUUGGAUCAGAGGAGAAUAUUAGAGUUUUCCAAGAGAACUGGUUACCAAGUGACCCUCUUCGACCUGCAGAAGGAGAUAUUAUAUCUCCCAUGAUUGUAGCUGAUUUAAUCAGAGUUUCUUAUGGCCGGAGAACAUGGAACAAGGAAUAUCUACAGACCCUCAAUGAUGCAGAUAGAAGUCUUAAUUACACGUCGCUUCUCCAGAAACACAUGAAGAACUGGUACAUGGAAACCACCUCCUUCGGAUACGGUGAAAUGCAACCUUGA